UUGUGGUUGGAGGGUCUAAACCUUAAUGAACCAGUAGUUCGACCCUGCCCAAACCACCAAUAAACAAAAUAAAAUAAAAUAAUGAACAAUCAACCUAAGAUGACGCAUUCCCUCUUUGUUAUAUUUUUUGUAUUUGGUGCAAUAAUUCCUGCCUUCAAUGCUCAUAUUGGAGAUUUUGAUGAAGUGUGGAGGAGGAGAGCCGAGGAAGCCAUGAAGUUCACUCUCCAAACGUAUGAGAGCGAACCUGCCAAUAUCACAUUAGCAUUUAACCAGAAAACUCGCGAUUCUGUGAAGGAAUUAAGUGCAGUAGUAUCCAAGAAUGAAACAAGAAGGGAGCUAGGAACCAAAAAAUACGAAGGGCCUUGCACGGUCACAAAUCCAAUUGAUAAGUGCUGGAGAUGUGACCCAAAUUGGGCCGACAACAGGAAGAAGCUAGUAGAAUGUUCUAUGGGCUUUGGGUACAAGACCACGGGCGGGAGGGACGGCAAAUAUUACGUCGUCUCAGACUCAUCAGAUGAUUAUACCACUCCAAAACCCGGAACCCUCCGUCAUGCUGUUAUCCAAAAGGAACCAUUGUGGAUCAUUUUUGACAGAAACAUGAAGAUCAAGCUUCACCAGGAACUUAUCAUGCAGGGUGACAAAACUAUCGAUGGUCGUGGUGCUACUGUUCACAUUACUGGCGGUGCUAGUAUUAUGAUUCAGUACACGAAAAACGUGAUCAUCCACGGAUUACACAUUCACGAUAUAGUCGAAGGGAAUGGUGGCAUGGUUAGAGAUGCAGUGGACCACAUUGGUUUCCGAACAAAGAGUGACGGAGAUGGUAUUUCAAUAUUUGGUUCGUCUAAUAUUUGGAUCGAUCAUAUGUCGAUGGAGAAUUGUUACGAUGGGAUCAUUGAUGCUGUGGAGGGAUCCACUGGUAUCACCAUUUCUAAUGGCCAUUACACAGAUCAUAAUGAAGUUAUGUUGUUUGGUGCAAGUGAUAGUUCUUCAAUUGAUCAAAAAAUGCAAAUUACACUAGCAUUCAAUCAUUUUGGAAAGAGAUUGAUACAGAGGAUGCCUAGGUGCAGAUGGGGAUACAUUCAUGUUGUCAAUAAUGAUUAUACUCAUUGGAAUAUGUAUGCUAUUGGUGGUAGUAAAAAUCCCACCAUCAUUAGCCAGGGUAAUCGUUUCAUCGCUCCUCCUGAUAUCUUCAAGAAGCAGAUUACAAAGAGGGAGUACUCCCCAGAAUCAGUAUGGAUGCAGUGGACAUGGAGAUCAGAGGGAGAUUUAUACAUGAAUGGAGCAUACUUUGUUCAAGCUGGUGAUCCUGAUUGGUCAAAGAAACAUCAAAAUCUUUACGAUGGCAUUGCUGCUGCACCAGCAGAUCAAGUCACAUGGAUGACAAGGUUUGCAGGGGCACUUAAUUGCAAGGUGGGAAAGGCUUGUUAGAAAACAUUAUACAAAAAAUAAAUUUCUUACACUCACCCCCAUGGGAUCAUACAUAAUCGAGACCCUCACAAUUUUGAGUUUUAUUAGUUUUGUAUACAAUGUUUCGAUUAUGGAAAAGAAAUCCCUUUUU